CGACAUUUCGAUUCUCAUCAAUUAAUUCCACCUUCACAGCCACGGAUUAGUUCAACAUGUCGGCACAGGAUAUGCGCGACAUGCUGGGUCUGACGGGCGAUGUCGCUCGUCCGCCGCCUUUGAAGAAGCAUAAGACGGUCGAGAAGCGUUCACUGGAAAAGGGAAUUGCCCGUGAGGUCUCGGCCUUGAUGGGUGAACGCGCUCCACCGAUUGCUAUGAUUCAGGUCCAACCCAAAUACAAGCAACGUCCUAGAAGAUCUCAAAAAGUCGCUCCCUGGGAAUGGCAACCCUUCAACAACUCAGCAAGAGAGGACGGUCUUGUUCUACACCACUGGCAGCGCAAAAUUACUCCCAGACCUCGCCCUCAAUCUGGACAACAGCCCCAAACAGAGUCGGAAGCCGAUGGAGAGAAACAACCCGAGCCUGAACAGCAAGAGAAGGAAUAUCAGUACGCCAGAUACAACGUCCAGAUCGAGACUCCCACAUACGAUCAGUCCUUGUACGAUACCCAGCUACAAGACUCGAGUUGGACAAAGGCAGAGACGGAUUACUUGCUGGAAACUGUGAAGGAAUACGGUCAAAAAUGGGCCGUCAUCUGGGAUCGCUACGAAUACCAGCCUGAGCCUGCAGAGAAAGGUGCAGAAGCACCGGAACCGACAUCUCGCUCGAUGGAAGAUCUCAAGGCUCGCUACUACUCCGUCAGCGCAAAGGUUCUAGUCGCCGAAGCGCCCAUCUCAUCCAUGACCGGCCAGCAGUACAACUUGUACUCCACCUUGACUGGUUUCGACCCCGUAAAGGAAACUUCGCGCAAGAAGCUUGUCUCGGGCCAUCUUUGCCGUUCGCAACUCGAGGUCGACGAGGAGAAUGUCUUGCUAGCCGAACUGCAACGCAUCAUGAUCAGCCAGCAACAAUUGGAGAAUGAACGCAAGGAGAUCCGCGAUAGACUCGAGUAUCCCUCAACAAGCAACACCACAGGAGCGCAAUACAGCACAUCGCAGCAAUUGGGUUCCCUCUUCCAGCAACUCCUCCAAGCCGACCGCAUGAAGAAGGACCGCAGACUCAAGGCCCUAAACGACACCCCCGGCAGCGGUCCUAACACAUCCGCACAGAUCCAAUCUGCCGCAGGUGCAACCUCUGGUCACCGCGACAGCAUCAGCAGUGCCACCGGUGCCCGCAAGGCAGGCGGUCGCGACUCCAUCGCUGGCGGCUCAGGCACAGGCAUAGACCCCACCGCCCGCGCCCUCACAUCCCACUCCGCUCAACGCUACUUCGUCACCCAGCACGACCGCCUCAGCAGUGGUGUCUCAUUCGCCUCUGAGCGUCUGCACCGCGCCCGCCAUGCCAAAACCAACGCCCAGAACGAGAAAAUCUCCGCCAUCCUCAACCACCUCCGCAUCCCUGACAUCAUCCCCCUGCCCACCCAACGCGUUAUCGAAGACUUUGAAAAGCUGAUGCAAAAGGUGCAUUUGCUCUUGGACAUGCGUAAGGUCGCCGACAAAGAGGUUCAGGAAAUCAGAGUCAAGGAGGCCGAAAAGAAGGUCAAGGAAGGAAAAGACAGUGGCGGUGUCAAGGAAGAGAAUGAUGAGGCAAAGGCUGGUCAGAAGAGAGAUGCCAGUGUCAUGAGCGAUAGUGCUCAGACUGCUACCAAGAGACCUAAGAAUUAACUUGGAGCCAAGUUCUGUAGCUAGACUUAUCACAAGGUCUUUUGGAGAGAGAUUUAUGAAGAAGUGGUAGAUUAUGACUUGUAAUCAGAAUGUAUCACCACUUUGAUUUGGCUGUUUGGAAGUGCUGUGUUGUAUCUGUCUACUUAUCUUGUAGAAAACUCCUUCCUUGUGGGAAACAGACAUGUUGUUUCAAAUUUGGAAUGAACGAUCACUCCCAUCGGACAAACCAAAGACUAAAUAAAACACAACUGCAAAAGGACACAAUGCUUUUCGAACCUGAAAGACCAUCCAUCGAGAGCUCCC